AUUGUGCUUAUAGCCUCUGUAAGCCAAGAUUAUCAUUUCGGCUUUUCGUUGAGUGCUGGAAUCAUCAAAUCGAUCAAAAUCUCCGCCGAUCUUUCAGCUUUCAUCGCUACGCUUCUUGAACGCCGGAGCAAUUCCGCGUCGUCUGUCUGAAACCCAAAUUUUGCCAUUUUCGUCAUCCAAUGAACUCUAAAAUCCCUUCCUAAAUCAGUUCCACCACUCGAAAAUUAGGGCUCGAACAGUCCUCCCAGUUCAAUCACACCUCGAAGCCCAACCGGUAUCUUCUCUUGAUGGCAAUCAUCGGCGAUGCUCUUCGUCAAGCGUUCAUGGCGAAGCACGAGUAUGAGAAUCUCCGGGAGGAGGAAAAGGCAUGGGGUCGCCUGCAGCGGCCAUUAGUGUCGGCCCUAGCGGCUUUCAUAGUAGUCGCCGUCGUCGCCGUUAGCUUGAGUAUCGUUUUCCCCGGUGAUCCUGCCCGCCGGCCGUUUUGCCGCGACCGUAGAAUCCAGGCACUCCGGAUGAGCGAGGAGGAAGUCUCCGAUCUUUAUCCUUCCCACGGCGCCUUCUUUCUGACUGAUAAAGAGGCAGCCGAGUUCUAUUGGAUGGUUAUCUUCAUCCCCUCAGGACUCGUCUUCUUGGCGUCCUUCAUCUACUUGUUGGCGGGAAUGGCUGUUGCUUAUGCUGCUCCUACCAGACACAUUUUCCUCAAGGUUGUGGAAAAUAAUUAUUGUGCCUCAAAAAGAGGUGGUGUCCGCUGCUUAUUUAUUCUCAAUGUUGUAUUUGCUGCAAUAUUUGGUCUUCUAUCCCUAUUUCUUGGCUCCAGUCUUCUCACUCUGGGAAGUAGCUGCUCCAUUCCUCUCUUCUGGUGCUACGAGAUAUCUGCCUGGGGCCUAGUAAUAUUAUACAGCGGCACUGCCUUCUUUCUCAAGAGAAAAGCCGCCGCCGUCCUUGACGAGGGUAACUAUGGUGGUCGAAACCUUGGCUUGGAAAUGCUCGAAUCCUCGAUAGAAGUCACCCCUGAUGUCCAGAGGCGAGUUAACGAAGGUUUUAAGACAUGGAUGGGUUCGUCCCUGCUCUCGUCCGACGAAGAAGAUGAUGAGACUGAUUACAGUACUUUGGAGGCUGCUCAUCCUAUUGUCAUCAGUUCUAGCAGACAAUGAGGGUGAUUGAGGAACCUUAAUUGAAAUUUGUACAUUGCCAACUCUUCUGCUUGCUAUUCUUUUAGUGCUCCUCUUUGGUGCAAACCGCUAACUAAGCCGGGGAAAAAUGAAAAGGAGCUCGUCGGCUGGAUCUUCUGCUACGACAGGC